AUGCGAGAGACCGUCAGUGGCAGGGGCUCCGGUCCCUGUGGCGCGCCCGUCGUCUCCGGCACUAGCUUCUGCAUACGGCACCUGUGCAUGAGGCGCACGUGUACGAACGCCAAAGCGCCUGGACAUGACCUGUGCCGGAAGUGCAAGUGCGAGGCGAGCGCGUGCGGCCGGAUGCGCAUCCUGGAUUGGGACGAGCGCGACGGUCACCGGGGCGCCACGUUCUGCGAGGGCCACGAGUGCGAGGAGGCGGGCUGCGCGAGGAAGAGGGAAGGCGACGGGGACGGGGCCUACUGUCUUGAUCACAGGCGGUGUGCCGUCCCCGGCUGCCAUCGGGCUGUCAAUGCGCAGCCGCCAUGGGAGGGGAGCAAGUGCAUGUACUGCUACGAGCCCGUAGAAACCCGGAGGGAGAAUGGGACAACGCCGUUGGGCGAGUGGGACCAUGCGUUGCAGGAGGCGCUCAAAAGGCAGGAGAGAAAGGACGAGGAGACGCGGCGAGUCCGGGUGCUGCGAGAGUUACAAGAGGGACUCGGCGAGGCAGAGGGCGCGAGACGACCCCCUCGGACGCGAUUCGCAGCCCCCUCGUACUGGCAGUCCGCGGAAUAG